GCCACCUACCGGUAGUUCCGUUUAGUUUUGUUAGUUCCUCCCUAACUUCUCUACUCUGGUUCCCUGGUUGAACUCUUUCGUUCUUUUACAAUACGCAAACAUGGCUCCGGCGCCGAAGAAAGCCAAAGGUCCGGCUAAGAAGCAAGUUCUUCGGGGCAAGGGACAGAAGAAAAAAGUGUCCCUGAAGUUUACAAUUGAUUGCACUCAUCCCGUUGAGGACAACAUCCUCGACGUGACUAAUUUUGAGAAAUAUUUGCAAGAAAAAAUCAAAGUCAAUGGUAAAACCAACAACUUUGGUAAUAACGUUGUUCUGGAGAGAAAUAAGAUGAAGCUUACCAUCAAUAGCGAUACUGACUUCUCUAAGCGGUACCUCAAGUACUUGACAAAGAAGUAUUUGAAGAAGAACAAAUUGCGCGAUUGGUUGAGAGUGGUAUCGAAAGACAAAGAAACAUACGAAUUAAGAUAUUUCCAGAUUAACAGCCAAGAAGAUGAUGACGAAGAGGAUGCCGAGUAAUACAGUUUCAUCUGUACAUAUUUCCUUUAAUAAAAAAAAUUUAAAAAUCUA